AUGGUGAAGGUUAGUUUAGAAAACGUCAAGUUGCUGGUAGACCUUGACAAGGAGCCGCAGUUUGCGCCAUCGGAAACGACGGUGGAGACGAUUUUGACGAAAGAUGCGUUCGAAUUCAUCGUGCUGCUGCACAGAACGUUCAACAACAGACGCAAGCAAUUGCUGCAAAACAGACAGGUUGUGCAAAAGAAGCUGGACUCGGGCGACUUCCAGCUGGAUUUCUUGCCGGAGACAGCCAGGAUCAGAGAAGACCCAACUUGGCAGGGCAAUAUUUUGGCACCAGGGCUGAUCGACAGAUCGACGGAGAUAACCGGGCCACCUCUAAGAAAUAUGCUCGUGAAUGCAUUGAAUGCAGAUGUUACCACCUACAUGACAGAUUUCGAGGAUUCGUCUUCGCCAACAUGGCUGAACAUGAUCUAUGGACAAGUCAACUUGUACGACGUAGUGAGAGAUCAAGUAGCCUUCAAGACGCCAAGAAAGGAAUACAAACUGAACAAGCCCAUUUCUGAAAGCCCAACUUUGAUUGUCAGGCCUCGUGGAUGGCAUAUGGAGGAGAAGCAUCUCUACGUUGAUGAUGAACCGAUUAGUGCCUCGAUUUUUGAUUUUGGUCUGUAUUUUUACCACAACGCCCACCAGCUGAUCAAAAUUGGCAAAGGUCCGUAUUUUUAUCUUCCAAAGAUGGAACAUCAUCUUGAAGCAAAGCUGUGGAAUGACGUAUUCAAUGUUUCUCAGGAUUAUCUUGGGAUUCCUCGUGGUACUAUAAGAGCAACUGUAUUGAUUGAAACAUUGCCAGCAGCUUUCCAGAUGGAGGAAAUUAUCUAUCAAUUAAGAAACCAUUCAAGUGGGCUAAACUGUGGCCGUUGGGAUUACAUUUUUUCGACGAUCAAACGAUUGAGAAAUCUGCCAGGUCACGUUUUACCAAACAGGGAUCAAGUCACGAUGACCUCGCCAUUCAUGGAUGCAUACGUCAAAAGAUUGAUUAACACAUGUCAUCGUCGUGGUGUACAUGCCAUGGGUGGUAUGGCCGCUCAAAUUCCUAUCAAAACUGAUCCUAUAGCUAAUGAAAAGGCUAUGACAAAAGUUCGUAAUGAUAAAAUUAGAGAAUUAACUAAUGGUCAUGAUGGUUCUUGGGUUGCACAUCCUGCUCUAGCUGCUAUUUGUAAUGAAGUGUUUGCCAAUAUGGGUACACGCAAUCAAAUUCAUUUUGUUCCUGAGAACAAAGUCACUGCGCAAGAUUUAGUCAACACAGAGAUUGAAAAUGGACAAGUUACCACAGAAGGCAUCAUUCAAAACUUGGAUAUCGGUUUGCAAUAUAUGGAGGCUUGGUUAAGAGGUUCGGGCUGUGUGCCAAUCAAUAGUUUAAUGGAGGAUGCUGCAACUGCAGAAGUCAGUCGCUGUCAAUUGCAUCAGUGGGUAAAACAUAAAGUCGUUCUUAAAGACACUGGAGAGCAAGUUACCCCGGAACUUACUGCAAGAAUCCUGAGAGAACAAGUUGAUAAACUAUCCCAAGAAAGUCCCGUUGGUAGCAAGAACAAGUUUUCGCUAGCUGCAAAGUAUUUUCUACCUGAAAUAACUGGUGAAAAAUUCAGUGAAUUUUUGACCACAUUGCUUUACGACGAAAUUCUCACAGUUAAGGACUUUCCGAUCGACCUAAGUAAGUUAUGA